AUGGCGGCACUAGGAAGUCUGAGAGGAGGAGGAGGAGGAUUCGUGUUUGGUCCGCCGGGCAUUAAUGGAGAUGAAGAAGAGGAAGAAGACUCACCUGCGGUUUUACUGAGUCUUUUCACCCAACAUGGGCAGAUGGGCCUCUGCUUCUAUGACAGUAAGGACUCCUCUUUACACUACAUGAGAGACACUCUUGACAACUACGAGCUCCACCUGCUGGCCAGAGUCAUCCAGGAGGUUAGUCCCCAUGUAAUUAUUACCAGUGCAAAGCAGGAGAGCUGCAUGACACGCUUCCUGCAACACCUUGGUUCAAACCCAGACUACAAACCAGAAGUGGUUACUUAUCCUUAUGUUGACUUUGGUCUGGAGGUCGGUAAGCAGAGGCUACUGUCUGCCCAUCUGCCUUUCCUUCCUGCCUCCAUUUCAGAGAGAGACAAAAUGUCCUACCUUUCCUCCUGUAUCUCCUUUGACUCACCCCUUAUGCUUAGGGCAGUGGGCGCUCUGCUGAAAUGUCUGGACAGGAGGAGAGUGGGAGUGGAGCUGGAAGACAGCAGUGUUGGAGUUCCUAUCCUACAGUUCCUCGCCUACACACUUAAAGGUGUUGUUUGCAUGGACCAAGACACUUACAGUGUGCUGCAGAUCUUCAAAUCAGAACUUCACCCAUCAGUGUACAAACUGCAUUCAGGUGAAAAGGAAGGACUCAGUCUUUACGGGAUACUGAACCGCUGCAGGUGCAGGUUUGGCUCCAAACUGCUACGCCAGUGGUUUCUGCGGCCUACACAGGAUCUGACCGUGUUACACAGGAGACAGGAAGUGAUUCGUUUCUUCACAUCACCUCCGAACUCCGACGUCCUGAGCACCCUGCAGUCCUCGCUUCGCAACAUCACUAACAUACCAACUCUUCUGCGCAGGAUGUCUCUCUCUCACACCAAAGUGACCGACUGGCAGAGUCUCUACAAGACUGUGUACAAUGCGGUGUGCAUCAGGGACACGGUGCGACACCUGCCUCAGUCCAUUCAUCUCUUUCGGGAUAUCAGCGAAGGGUUCUCGGAUGACCUCCACCACAUCGCCUCCCUCAUCAGCCGAGUCGUGGAUUUUGAUACCAGCAUAGCUGAGAACCGCUUCACCAUCAAACCGAACGUGGACCCAGCAAUUGAUGAGAAGAAGAGGAGGAUGAUGGGGUUGUCCGACUUCCUGACAGAUGUAGCCAGAAGAGAGCUGGAGCACCUGGACGCUCGCAUCCCCUCCUGCUGCGUCAUCUACAUCCCUCUGAUUGGAUUCCUGCUCUCUGUCCCUCGCCUGCCCAGCAUGGUGGAGAAAGAGGAUUUUGAGAUAGAGGGGCUUGAUUUUAUGUUUCUGUCAGAGGACCGUCUGCACUACCGCAGCCAGAGAACCAAGGAGCUAGACGACCUUCUUGGAGACUUGCACUGUGAUAUUAGAGACAUGGAGACGGCAGUAAUGACACAGUUGCAGAACACAGUUCUUGAGAGGAGCGCCUCCCUUUACAAGAUUCUGGAUCUUGCUGCUGAGCUGGACUGUCUGAUGGCCAUGAGCAGCGCCUCCCAAGAGUAUGGCUACACCUCACCCAAAUUAGCCAGCCACAGGGAGAUAACAGUCAUACAGGGCAGACACCCUCUGUUAGAGCUGUGCUCUCCUGUGUUUGUGGCGAACUCCUUCCAGAGCUCAGAGUCACAGGGCAGAGUCAAGAUCAUCACUGGCCCCAACUCAUCUGGCAAGAGCAUCUACCUCAAACAGGUGGGUCUGAUUGUGUUCAUGGCUCUGAUUGGCUCAGACGUGCCUGCGAAGGAGGCAGAGAUCGGUCUGGUGGAUGGCAUUUUUACCCGCAUGCAGAGCAGAGAGUCUGUGUCUGUUGGCCUCAGCACCUUUAUGAUAGACCUCAACCAGAUGGCCCAGGCUCUCAACAGCAGUACUGGCAACUCAUUAGUUCUCAUCGAUGAAUUUGGAAAGGGAACUAACACAGUGGAUGGACUGUCCUUGCUGGCUGCAUCGAUCUCUCAUUGGCUGAGGAAACCUCUGGUGGAUGUUCCUCAUGUCCUGUUGGCUACUAACUUCCACAGUCUGCUGCAGCUGGGCCUGCUCCCCUCCUCUGGCCUGCUGUCUCUUCUGACUCUAGAGACCGCAGUGGAUGGGGAUGAGUUGGUGUUUCUGUACCAACUGAAGGAAGGAAUCUGCCAGUCCAGCUAUGCUGCCAACAUCGCUACACUGGCAGGCCUGCCAACCAGCCUCGUGCAGAGAGGAGUGCAGGUGUCUGAACUGUACCGGACAGGACGGCUAAUCGAACGCAUCGACAAAGCGUCAUCAGAUGAGCAGGCAAACAGGUGCAGGUCUGUGGUGGAGAUGUUCUUGAGCCUUGACCUGGACGACAAAGAUUUGGACCUUCAGCACUUCAUGAAGGAAGAGCUCCUGCCCUCUGCUGGGGAGCUGCUGAGCCACAGCUGAACUGU